UGCGAUCUGUGAUGAUGUUGAGCCUGUCGAAUGAUUCUUAAUUAAGCUCGAGCUGCCGCAUAUUCCUGCAUGGUGGAUUGCUUGGAUAGGAAGCCAAUUCUCGGAGUACAAGCACCAUCGCUAAAAAUUUGCCAACAGUAUCCAAAAAAGGAACGUGCUUGCUAGCGAUUUGUUGUUGGAAGUUGGUGUUUAGUAGGUUGCAGCCUUUCAUAUUAGCAAUGUUGAGUUGCUACUUCCCAUCUGGAAUUUCGCCUGGUACUUCUCGGGGACAUGGGAGCUGGAAAAACGAGUCUGGUACUGAGAUUUGUCAAAGGCCAAUUCCAUGAGUACCAGGAAUCCACUAUCGGCGCAGCCUUCUUUACUCAGGUCUUGUCACUGAACGAAGCGACCGUGAAGUUUGAUAUAUGGGAUACUGCUGGGCAGGAAAGAUAUCACAGCUUGGCUCCAAUGUACUAUCGAGGUGCUGCUGCGGCUGUCGUUGUCUAUGACCUUACUAGCAUGGACUCAUUUCAACGGGCCAAAAAAUGGGUUCAAGAAUUGCAGAGACAAGCAGGGAAUCCCAAGUUAAUAAUGUUCCUGGUGGCAAACAAGGCAGACCUGAAUGAGAAGAGGCAAGUGCAUAAUGAGGAAGGCGAGCAAUAUGCUAAGGAAAAUGGUUUGUCUUUUCUUGAAACAUCAGCAAAGACUGCACAGAAUGUCAAUGAGCUUUUCUAUGAGAUAGCAAAGAGAGUUGCAAAAGCUACUCCUUCACGACCGACUGGAAUGAAGCUGCAGAGACAAGAAAGUCGAAGAAGCUUAUUUUGUUGCUCGGUGUGAUUCCAGCGCUUGGUCUUUGAAAUCGCUGAGAAUGGCUGUGGUGCACUUACCUCUUGCGGUCGUCGAUGUUGAAGAUGGAACCUCAUUCAGACUCUGGCUCGUGAAUACUCUUCAUAUGUACACAGUAUUUCACUGAACAAAACCUUUCUCUUACAACUUCAAUUGUAUCACAUUCUCCUUCAUGUGGAAAUGGUUAUGGAAACUCAUAAGCAAUGACAAAUGUUGCUCUGAAAA